ACGUAAAGACACAUUGCACCAGUUAACGAGUGUGUGAUCGUCCAAACUAAACCAUACAAUUAGUCGGUCGCGAACAUGUUGGUGGCCGUCCCGUUUUUCGUAUUUGUCACUUGGAUAUUGACAAAACCAACCAGCAUUGAUGCUGGCUGUUCGAUCUCCACAAAAUAUCCAAAUGGCGACCUUAAGGAACCUCAACCAUUGAUCCUGAGAUGGAAGGGCAGUGACAUAAGUUUCUUGUAUCCGGAGAACAAAAAUAGGACAUUAGAAAUACACACGGGUGAUACCAUUCAUCUGGUGUGUCCAGGCAAAGAUAAUUAUCUUAAAGAUGAAUAUUGGGGUGAUCAAGUCCCAGCGACCUGUGUAUGGGAUAAAACGUUCCGCGUAAAGGGCGAAAAUUACGAUUUCAGAACCUUAACUUGCGCGAAAGAUCCUGAAGAUAGUACCAAAUAUAGAAAACCACCAUGUUGCACCUGCAAGCACAACCCUGUUGAAAUUGGUUUUAAAAUGGGUAAUGACUUCAUAGCUACUAUUGAGAUAUGUUACAACGAUGAAACAUAUGAGACGUAUUAUACGAAAUUCCGGAUGACGAAGCACAUAGGAAAUUUUCAAAGAAGCUAUCCUAGACCACAAUUUAAGCAGGGUAAUUUUUUUCAUGGCAUAAAUGUGAACAAAUUGUAUACAUUUCGAGCCCAAAAAGAAACGCUCGCUAAAAUCCUGGGAUCGUCCGAUCUAGUGGCAGGAAAAUUAAGGGAAUCAGUGCAGUUCCUCUCCCGCGGUCAUUUAGCGGCCAAAUCGGACUUUAUAUAUGGCUCUCAGCAGAGGAGCACCUUUUGGUACGUGAAUGCCGCGCCCCAGUGGCUGUCUUUCAAUGAUGGUAAUUGGAAAUUGCUAGAAACCAGCAUCAGAGACUUGGUUACAAAUCGGAAAUUGGAUCUCGAUGUUUAUACGGGAACGCAUGAUAUAAUGACCAUGAAGAAUAUUUAUGGUGUGCAAACGCGUUUAUACUUGUAUCCUGAGCGUCAAGUCUUACCCGUACCAAAGUAUUUUUGGAAAGUCAUCUACGAUCCAAAAAGCAAGAAGGGUACCGCGUUUGUGGGUUUGAAUGAUCCGUUUAUACAGUCGAGGUAUACAAAUAUGUUUCUCUGUCUGGAUGUCACUAAGGAAAUCACAUGGUUGAAAUGGGAUCCUAACAAUGUCACGGCUGGCAUUUCUUAUGCGUGUACCAUUAAUGAGUUACGAAAAAAAAUACCUGAAAUACCAGACCUUUAUGUGACCAAUCUUUUAAAAUGAUAUAAAAACGAAUCACUCCGGCGAACUCCAACUUUGUAAACAUCAAUUUGCAAUCGCGACAAAUUAAUUUUUUUCUGUUUUAAGUCUUUUCCACAUAUUCCGCAUAUAUAAAUAUCUUAUAAGGUAAAUAAAUAAAUCGUAACAUAGUCAUAAGUCACCAAUGUAAAAUAUUUUAUG